UGGGUGUCUGUGUUCACUAUAGGUUUCACGGAGCGUCUGGAUCCAUUCAGCGUUCGCAAACGUAUUGAUCGGUCCUGGAAUCGGGGAUACGUCUGACCUCCUGUGCGAUGGACACUACCUCUUUUAUAAGUGCUCAGUGUGAGAGGAACAGGAUACCUGGAGAUGUUCUUUAUGAAGCACUGCAAGACCUGGAGCAAUGUGACUUCAAACGAUUUAAGGACAGGUUGACUGAUUUCUCCUAUGGAGGGCGACCCCCCAUCUCUCGUGGGCGCUUGGAAAAUGCAGAUUAUGUUGCCAUAAAAAACCUUCUUAUAGAUGUUUACGGAGAGGAAGCAGCACUGGAUGUGACCAUACGGGUCUUCAAACUCAUCAAUUUUGUUGGCCUCGCAGAGAAUCUCCGGCAGAAGGUGACACAACAUGGAGCUGUGAGGUGGGUGCCUUCUUGUAUCCUUGAUCAGCCUGAAAGAGGGAGCCUGCCUGGCACUCCUGCUCUUUUGUACCUCCCAGUUAAUCCAGUGAAGAUGUCUUCAAACACCACACUUGAAGAUAACCGAUUAAUGUAUGUGAAUUAUGUGAGAAAAAAAUACCAUCGAAUUGAAGAUCGUAAUGCAAGGAUAGGGGAGGUUGUCUUUCUAGACAAGAGAUACACCAACCUUUUACUGAUCAAGAGCCAUCGGGGUGAAGAGGAGAGACAACAUGAACUAACAUCCUCAGGCCAGAGGCAUCUACAGAUUAUGGCAAACAGAUCAUCAAAUGAGUAUUCCCCAACCACUAUUCAAGAUCUUUUUGAUUCCGACGAUGAUGAGACUGUUCCCAAUGCUGUGGUGUUACAGGGACCUGCUGGGAUAGGAAAAACGAUGACCUCCCAAAAGAUCAUGCUGGACUGGGCCUCUGGCAAUCUGUAUAUAGACAAGUUUCAUUUUGUGUUCUACAUAAGCUGUAGAGAAGUCAACAGCAUCACUGGUAAAAUAAGCCUAGCUGGAUAUUUAUCCAACUAUUGUGGACUGACAUGUCCAUCUGAUUUUUUGCGGUCAAUCUUCUUAAACUCUGAAGGGAUUCUUUUUAUUGUUGACGGUUUUGAUGAACUAAAAUUGUCUUCAAUGAAUGACACUGAGGUUUGUGACGACCCCUUUCAGAUGGUCUCUGGAGAGAUCUUUCUGAACAGUCUGUUUAGGAAAAAAUUGCUCAGGGAAAGUUCACUAAUCAUCACCACAAGACCAUUCUCAUUGAUGCAGUUGAAGAACCUUGUGAAAAACCCCCGAUAUGUGGAAAUUCUGGGAUUUACAGGGAAGGACCGUGAAGAAUAUUUUUACUGUUUUUUUGAAACCAAAGAACAAGCAGAUCUGGCUCUUAGUGCGAUUAAGGACAACGAUACUCUGUUCACCAUGUGUUCUGUCCCUAUAACUUGCUGGAUUGUAUGUACUGUAAUAAAACAGCAACUAAGAGAAGGACUUGGUGUGGUUGAUUGCAAGACCUCCACAUCCAUUUAUCUACUGUACCUAAAGAGUUUAAUAAAGUAUCACGGAAGGAACUCUGCCCAGUCUGUGAACACAUGUAUAAAGAGGUUGUGUACUUUGGCCAAUAAAGGAGUUUGGGACGGAAGAAUUCUAUUCGAAGAAGGAGAUCUUAGAAGACAUACAGUGUCUAUGUCGGAGCUUGAGUCUGUGUUUCUGAAUGAGAACAUCUUUCAAAGGGACGUUGACACCCACACGUGCUACAGCUUCAUCCAUCUGAGCGUACAGGAGUUCUUUGCUGCUCUCUACUAUGUCCUGGGCGGAUCGAAGUUUUACUACUUCUUGACAAGGAAAAAACUCAAGGCUCUCCUGGAAGCAUCAAGUUCUCAUCCACAUCUAACAUUAGUUGUGCGAUUCUUAUUUGGUUUUUUAAGUGAAAGAAAAAUUGGGGAGACUCUGAGGAGCAUUGGCUGCACCAUUACCUUCCGAGCCAAACCUGUCUUGGAGAAAUGGUUGGAAAGAAGUCUGUCAGAACACCAUAACGAAAUACUUUGCUGCCUUUAUGAGACCCAGGAUAAGGACUAUAUAAGGAGAAUGAUGUCUCACAUACCUCAUGUAAACAUUGAAGGUCUUUAUCAUGGUGGAAAAAGAGUCCAGGAGAAUAUUGGUGCCCAGGCCCUAGCCUACUGCUUGGAGAGAAGUCCAGAAGAACAUAUUAUCACUUUUAGGGACUACAUAAUAGGACCAAAGGCUCGGAAUGUUCUAUCUCCGGCACUUUCCAAAUGUUCACAAAUUCGGUUCAUAGGCUGCAGAUUUCCCGAUAACAGGGAAGACGUGUAUCAGGAUGACUCUAGGUUGUCCGGGCUGCUGACACCGUGCCGGAUCCAGGAUCUAGAUCUGUGUCAUUGUAAAGUGACCUCAGCCUGCUGUGAUGAUCUCCGCAUUUUGAUCACUGAGAGCCGCUCUCUCCUCCGACUGGUCCUGUCCGUGAAUGAUCUGCAGGACUCUGGUGUACAACGUCUGUGUGAUGGACUAAGACAACCAGGCUGCACCCUACAAGAGCUUAGUUUGCAGUGCUGUGGUCUGACGUCCUCCUGCUGUGAUGAUCUCCGCUCUGUUAUUAUCACAAACCGGUCUCUGGUCACCCUGGACUUGGCACUGAACUUUCUUCAGGACUGUGGCAUACAAGCUCUGUGUGAGGGACUCAGACAUCCAGACUGUAGUCUACAAGAACUUAGGGUAUGGCACUGCAGUCUGACCCCCGCCUGCUGUGCUGAUCUCCGCUCUUUGAUUACUACAAACCGCUCCCUGGUCACCCUGGAACUAGGAAGGAACAACCUGCUGGACUCGGGAGUAAAACUUCUUUGCAAGGGACUGAGGCAUCCAGAUUGCACCCUGCAACGUCUUAUUCUGUGUCAUUGUAAAAUGACCUCAGCCUGCUGUGAUGACCUCCGCACUGUGAUCACUGAGAGCUGCUCUCUUCUCCGACUGGACCUGUCCGUGAAUGAUCUGCAGGACUCUGGGGUACAACGUCUGUGUGAUGGACUAAGACACCCAGGCUGCACCCUACAAGAGCUUAGCUUGCAGUGCUGUGGUCUGACCUCCUCCUGCUGUGAUGAUCUGCGCUCUGUUAUUACCACAAACCGGUCUCUGAUCCACCUGGACCUUUCACUGAACGAUCUUCAGGACUGUGGAAUAAAAGUUCUGUGUGAGGGACUCAGACAUCCAGAGUGUACCCUGCAAAAACUUACGGUAUGGCACUGCAGUCUGACCCCCGCCUGCUGUGCUGAUCUCCGCUCUGUGAUUACUACAAAUCGCUCUCUGAUCACCCUGGAACUAGGAAGGAACAACCUGCUGGACUCUGGAGUAAAACUUCUGUGCAAGGGACUGAAGCAUCCAGACUGCACCCUGCAACGUCUUACGUUACGUGGCUGUGGUCUGACCUCCUCCUGCUGCGACAAUCUCCGCUCUGUCCUGAUUACAAACCGCUCUCUGAUCUCUCUGGACCUGAGAGGAAAUAACCUGCAGGACUGUGAAGUAAAACUUCGGGAGUCUGUGCGGCCGGCUCUCAGGCUUCUGGAUCUACUUUAUUAAGUGAAUGUAACUUUGCAUUUACUGUGUGUUCUGCUCCAUAUCUGAAGAGAGAAAACAGAAUAUUUGUAAUAGGAGGCACAGCGACUUCAUUUGUUUUAUAAUAAGGAGAAAAAGUGAAAUAAAAAAUAAAAAAAUUAAGACAGCUGACUGUGGGUUUUACUUAUCCUAUUACACAUA